CAGAUGUUGGAAACGAACCAAUAGUAAUCUAUGAAAGGAGUCCAGGAUGUAUAAAUACUUUCAACCGAUAUGUAUUCACGAUAUCCAAUAAGUGUAGAUCAGAGUCUCUCGAAGUUAAAGAAGCCUACCAACAAACAUAUAAAUUAUACGAAAUGUACUCACAUCUAGAAUAUCCUAACAUGGUAAUCGUAAAAAAUGACUUUGGUAAGAAAUUACCAGAUUUUUUUACCAGAGAAUUAAUAACAGCCAUUGAAAAUCAAAAGAUAUUAAACCAAUUGGUUAAACACACCAAAACAUACAAG